GACUUAGCUUCGGGUUUAUUCGGUUAUCAUUUUCUUCUCACUCUUAAGUACUUACACUUGUGUGUACUGUAGUGAAACACGCUAGGAGCUCAUGAUACUGCCAUACCAUAUUAAAAAUUGGAAAAAACAGGGUCUCUUAUUAGUUUGUAUGUGUGAUUUAAAUGCAUGGGCGCUGUUGCUCAAAAAUUUUUUUGAUAAACUUGAUUACAAUCUUUUUGAUUACAAUAGUGUUAUCACAUCAUGAAUAAACAAUAAGUUAAAUUUUUUAACUUCUCAAUCUAAAGUUAUUUGGCCUAUAAUCAGUGACCCCAUUAAUCAUGAAUCUGCAAACGCUUUUUCAAGACUUCAAUCCGAGUAAAUUUUUAGUCCAUUCAUGUUUGAUGAUAUUUACUGCAUUAUUUGCAUUGAGACUAGAUGAAUUUAUAGAAUGGAGCUACUGGUCGAUAUUCAGUCCUAUUUGGUUGUGGAAGGGUAUGGUAAUUUUAGGAGCUACAGUGGGUAGUUAUGUUUGGUGGAGACAUCCUCAUGCAAGACUUGAAGGCGAUGCUUAUGUUCAUUACAAGGCUAUGUUGAUAACUCUUGCCUUACAUUUAAUUUUAUUAAUGUUCGAAUUAUUAGUUUGUGAUAAAUUAGAAUCAGAUAGACAUUUAUGGAUAUUAGUAUUUAUUCCAUUAAUUUUUAUUUCAAUUGUCUCUAUAGCUGUUUGUAUUUGGGCGGUAAAACACGAUCGAUCGUUCGAAUUGGAGUUAUUUUGCGCUGUCAAUGUACUACAAUUUAUUUUCUUGGCUUUGAAACUUGAUCGAUUUAUAGCGUGGAGUUGGGAAGUCGUUUUUGUUCCUCUUUGGGCACUUUUAUGUUUAUCAUUAGUUGCUGUACUAUAUACCAUAGUAUUUGCAGCUGUAUUAUUAAGAGCACCACAAGUAAAUGCUCGUGUUAGAAGAACGUCGUUGAAUUCGGCUUUAGCGUAUACUUUCCUCGUCGUGCCAAUAUUAGUAUUUCAAGUAUUAUUAGCAAAUAAAUUAGAUGGAGUUUUGACGUUAAAUUACACAACCAUUGCUGCACCACUAUUACUUUCUCAUAUGACACUUAUAUUUAUGUCUUUUGGUGCUAAAGGUGGAAAUAGAUGGUGGUUUGGAAUACGAAAAGACUUUUGUCAUUUUCUUUUAGGCCUCUGCCCACUUCUCCAAGAGUAUGGCAAUAUUUCUUAUCAACCAAGAAAUGAUCAGGAUCAACCACCGUCAGAGCCAAUGGUCUCGGAAAAAAACGAAAAACAUAUUAAAAAAAUCGACCUAAUGAAACCUGUUGUGCCUAUAGUUUCUAUAGAUAUGCCUGAUUGAUGGCUAAAAUACUUAUUGAUUAUUGCAUAAAUCUUUUAAUUAAUAGGCUAAAUUCGAGAUGAAUACAGUAAAAAUGCUCAGUGAAAUAUUAUCAUUAUUAUGAAUAAAUUUUGUGGUCAGCUGUAAAAAUUCAAAAAGAAAAUAACCAAUACAAUGUGAACAGUUGUGGAAAAAAAUUUAACAUUAAGUUUAUAAUUUCAGUUGCAACAUUGAGUUAAUUUUUAAUUACGUUAAAUUAAUUUUUAUCUUCGUUACGAAAAUGUUUAAAAUGUUGUUUCUAUUAGCCAAUUGACCCGUCCAUUUAGUUAUAUUGAUCUUUAUGCUUAUUGGAUCUAGUUGAUUAUUGAUUGACGGAUAAAUAUUAUAGAAUAUUAAUACCGUUUUUGUUAUAACAUUGAGCGUAGUAAAAACUUGAUAAUCAUAAAUUUAACUACGCUGGUGCUAUAUCAUAGGUUGUGAAAUUCUUCCAAUGUUAUCUUUUUUAAUAAUUUAAUUAUUUAUUAAGAUAAUCGACUGUCAUGACAACUAUAAAGUCUUAUCAACGAAAAAUAAUACAUGACGUCAAAUUCUCCAUUUUUUUUUUAUCACUAAUUAUUAGAUUAAUUAAAUUUUAAUUAAUCAACUCAAGAGAUAAACGUUAAAACCAUAUCCCUUAUAUUUUAAUUCGGCGAAAUUUUUAUUUGAUUAAAUGAUUCAUUAAAUGAACAUUUAAAUUAUUUAAAAAUAAAUAAUAUUCAAAUGAUUGUGUCAUAUUUUACUUAAACAAAGAUAUUAAAUGUCAACCAUAUAACCUGGAGCUAAUGAUCAAAGUUUAAGAUUUUUUUAAGUUUACGUUAUCAAAAUUCAACGAUAUAUAUAUAAAAUUAGAUAUAAUCAUACACGUGUGUAUAUAUCUACGUAUAUGUGUGUAUGUAACAUAAAAUAUAGGUUAUGCAAUUACAUAGAAUUA